GGUUACCUUGAUCUAAAGUCCCUUUGAAUCUAAACCAAACCUGUAGAUUCAGAUUCUCUUAACUGCUUAAAGAUUUGGAAAUGAGAUGAUUCAUGUCAAAAUACAUAUUCAGAGUUGAAUUCUGCAAGUUUCCCUUAGCUUCUGACUUCGGAAGAACUCUGCAAACAGACAUUGGAAAAACUUUUGGCUUUCAGUUUGACUUUGGCAUGUUGUCAUUUGGCUCUUGCACACUAGUUAUCUGUUCACAUUUACCGUAAAUAAUGACUAGAAACCUAACCUGCAACUAGGCUGUUGAAGUAACUUCUGGAAGGGUUUGCCUCCUUCUCUUUCCCCCACCCCCUUAAGACUUUUUGUCUUAUGGGAUUUGUUUGCAAUCUGCUAGCUGAAGCUCUGAGGCAAGUUUGCCAGAUCUGGGGCUGCAUCAUCGUUCUGCACAUCUGGAAGUGGUUUAUGGGCUCUCAUUCCUCCAGUGCGGCGUCUGGACUCUGUGCUAUUCCUCAGCAGCAGAGAAAGAAAAGAAAAGAAAACCAGCACAACUCCAAAGUAAACUUUGAAGAGUUUGAAAAAGGAAUUGAAUCUUAAAACUGUUACUGUGCCCUGUAAGGCCCUUGUGCAGGGGACUUCAAAGGAGGAUGAUGGUCAAGGAAGCUUUGGCAAGAGUGCUUACAGCUGUGGGCUAUCUAUGAUCUGAGUAAAUAGCUCUACAGCUCUUCAGGAGAGAGGAGUCCCGAAUACUGUGCUGCUUUGAAGAGAUCACAGUUCUCAUCCAACAGGACACAUGGCUCUUUUAAAGAAAAUUAACCAGAUCUUACUGUUACUUCUUGUCUUAACUGUGUGCGCCAUUCUGUAUAACAGGGUUCAUCAAGUGCCGUCUGCAUUAAAGAAUGAAACAGUUGAUUUGGAGAGUCCUGAGGAAAUGGAGGAAGAAAUCCCAGUUGUAAUCUGCGCUGCUGCGGGCAGAAUGGGUGCAGCUAUAGCAGCAAUCAGUAGCAUCUACAGCAACACAGAGGCUAAUGUCUUGUUCUACAUAGUUGGGCUGAAGACUACCAUCCCGCAUAUUCGAAAAUGGAUUGAAAAUUCUAAACUGAAAGAAAUAAAAUUUAAGAUUGUGGAAUUCAAUCCUAUGGUACUAAAAGGAAAAAUCAGACAAGAUGCAUCACGUCCUGAGCUACUGCAGCCUCUGAACUUCGUUCGAUUUUAUCUUCCUUUGCUUAUCCAGAAACAUGAGAAAGUAAUAUAUUUGGAUGAUGAUAUCAUUGUUCAAGGUGACAUCCAGGAACUCUACGACACUAAGUUAGCUCCUGGACAUGCUGCAGCUUUUUCAGAUGAUUGCGAUCUGCCUUCUACACAUGAAAUGGUUAGAAGCGUAGGGAUGCAGAACACGUACAUGGGAUUCCUGGACUACAGAAAGCAAGCGAUUAGAGAUCUUGGCAUCAGCCCCAGCACCUGCUCCUUUAAUCCUGGAGUAAUUGUUGCUAACAUGACUGAAUGGAAACAUCAACGGAUUACAAAGCAGUUGGAAAAGUGGAUGCAAAGAAAUGUAGAGGAAAACCUCUACAGCAGCACCCUUGGGGGAGGCGUGGCAACCUCUCCAAUGCUGAUUGUAUUUCAUAGAAAGUAUUCCACUAUUAAUCCUAUGUGGCACAUAAGGCAUCUUGGUUGGAGUCCUGAUACCCAUUACUCAGAGCAUUUUCUUCAGGAAGCUAAAUUACUUCAUUGGAAUGGGAGAUACAAACCUUGGGACUAUCCCAGUGUUCACACUGAUCUCUGGGAACACUGGUUUAUUCCUGACCCUUCAGGGAAGUUCAAAUUAACUCGUCCCGAUAGCUGAUACUGAAACCACUUAAAUGCAUCCAUACACUAUGUUUUGCAGUAUGUAAUAGUUUGAGAUGCAACAUGUUGUAUAAUUAACUGAUUUUAGAAAACUAAGUAUUUGUUAAAUGUAUGAAUAAAUGACCAUCAGUUUUGUGUGCCUAUGGCUGCAGAGGGAGGCUGGAGUGACAGUUACACAGUGCAGAGUAUCUUGACUUUUAUGUAAGGUGAGGAAACAAGUUUGCUUGAGAAUGAAGUAUUUUCAUUAAACGUUUACAGAGGUGAAAUUCAGUGCCAGGCAGUGUGUUUUAAUGUAAGGUCUUUAUAAAUAAGACUCCAGUGUCUGCUGGUAGAAAAACCUACACAGGAAAUACUUGCAGUAUUACACACAUGGUGUCUUUAGUUGUCUAGCCCACACUAAACAGCCCAAAAUGAAAACUUACGCAGCAUUUUAACGAGUAGAGU